CCUUCGACACUUCCAUACACCAUUAUUUCUACCCUCAGUCGACCUCUCUCGGCGAGUAAUCAAUCUUUCGCUUCGGUUGCCCUAGCGGUCGAUUGUCCUCUUCUUUGCUUCUAUUAAGCCAUGUCUCUGAGGCCAAGCGAGAGGACGGAGGUCCGACGGAACAGGUACAAGGUUGCGGUGGACGCCGAUGAGGGACGGAGAAGGAGGGAGGACAACCUGGUUGAGAUCCGGAAGAACAAGAGGGAAGAGAGCUUGCUGAAGAAGCGAAGGGAAGGACUCCUCGGUCAGCAACAACUCCCCUCAUCUCUGGCUGACUCCGCUUCUGCGACCGUGAAGAAGUUGGAAAGUCUCCAGGUAAAUGUUGCUGAUAUCUGGUCAGAAGACAAUAAUACGCAACUUGAGGCUACCACCUACUUCCGAAAGAUUCUUUCCAUAGAACGCAGUCCUCCAAUUAAUGAAGUUAUACAAGCUGGCGUCGUUCCCCGUUUUGUUCAGUUUCUUGCAAAGAAUGACUUGCCGAAGCUUCAGUUUGAAGCUGCAUGGGCUCUCACAAAUAUUGCUUCUGGAACAUCACUAAAUACCAGGGUUGUAAUUGAUAGUGGAGCUGUCCCGAUAUUUGUUAAUCUUCUAAGUUCUCCCAAUGAUGAUGUCAGGGAACAGGCUGUUUGGGCAUUAGGUAACAUUGCAGGUGACUCACCUGAAUGUCGUAAUCUUGUCCUUGGUCACGGGGCCUUGAUGCCAUUGUUGGCUCAAUUCAAUGAGCAUGCAAAGCUUUCUAUGCUAAGGAACGCAACAUGGACAUUAUCCAACUUCUGCAGAGGCAAGCCACAGCCUCCAUUUGAUCAGACACAGCCUGCUCUCCCAGCUCUGGAGCGACUUAUACAUUCAAACGAUGAGGAAGUCCUUACAGAUGCCUGCUGGGCACUGUCAUAUCUCUCAGAUGGUACCAAUGACAAAAUCCAAGCUGUUAUUGAUGCAGGAGUCUGCCCUCGACUUGUUGAUCUUCUUCUCCAUCCAUCUCCCACAGUGCUCAUUCCUGCCUUGCGAGCUGUUGGAAAUAUUGUUACUGGAGAUGAUAUGCAGACUCAGUGCAUGAUUGAGCAUCAGGCUCUCCCAUGCCUUGUGAACCUGCUGACCAAUAAUCAUAAGAAGAGCAUCAAGAAGGAAGCAUGCUGGACAAUCUCUAAUAUUACAGCUGGAAAUGUUAAUCAAAUACAGGCGGUGAUUGAGGCUGGCAUCAUUGCUCCGCUUGUCCAAUUGCUUCAAAAUGCCGAGUUUGAGAUCAAAAAAGAAGCUGCCUGGGCUAUUUCAAAUGCCACAUCUGGUGGUACUCAUGAGCAAAUCAUGUUCUUGGUAACCCAGGGAUGUAUUAAGCCACUGUGUGAUCUCUUGAUUUGUCCUGAUGUAAGAAUUAUCUCUGUGUGCUUGGAAGGCCUUGAGAACAUUCUGAAGGUUGGGGAAGCUGAGAAGAGCUUGGGUAAAACAGGAGAUGUUAAUCUGUAUGCCCAAAUGAUUGAUGAUGCUGAGGGUUUAGAUAAGAUUGAAAGUCUUCAGAAUCAUGACAACAAUGACAUAUAUGAGAAAACAGUGAAGAUACUUGAGACAUAUUGGCUGGAGGAGGAGGAUGAGCCUUUGCCACCAGGUGAUGCUGCCCAGCCUGCAUUUCACUUUGGAGGCAGUGAACUUCCUGUCCCUUCUGGAGGAUUCAACUUCAAUUAAAGGACCUUUCGGUUGUUGGAAUGAAGCUUUAGUGUCCCGGUCUUCUGAUGUUGGAUGAGUCAAUGAGAGGGAGGGUCUAUUACUGUUGCUGCUCUAUUCUUUUGCUUACAGUAAUUGAAUAAAAACGCACGUGAAGUCACAGAUUUUGGGAUUUUGUAUGGUUAGGAAUGGUUGCAGGCAACACAGCAUUUUUACCCCUUUCCCCCCUAGUCAACUAUUCUUUAUACAGGCUGAGGCUGGGAAUGCAGCUAGCAAUCCCAAUCUAUGCUUAAACUGGGUUUUAUUACAUCAAAGAAACAGGAGGAGAAUACAAGUGUCAUUUUUUUUAAAGCUUUUGUUUUUAUGCGCUCCCUUCCCAUGUUUCUUACAGAUAAGCUCCUAGCUUUUUAAAAAGAAAAAUUGAGAAGACAUAAUUUUGUUCACUUUGCGUUGCUGAUUUGAUGUUGAAAACCAAGAUGGGUUUUCGUUACUUGA